UUUAGCCUAUACUGCAUUUGGUCUGUGGCAUAAACAUUCAUCCUUAGGAGUGGGUGUACAGGGCUGUUUGAGGAAGCAGGCGCAAUGGCCAAUGCCUCAACAGACCUGGACAAUGCUGAGGCCCAGAGACAACUCAACAACAACAACAGGCCUGCAAGCACAGGAUUUUGGGAAUCAGAGACCACCAGUGCCAAACUAUUUGAGUGCUCUCGCAUCAAAGCACUAGCAGAUGAGAGAGACGCAGUACAGAAAAAGACCUUCACUAAAUGGGUGAACUCUCACUUGGCCCGUGUGUCCUGCCGGAUCUCUGACCUGUAUAAUGACCUGAGAGACGGCUACAUGCUCAUCAGACUUCUGGAGGUGCUGUCAGGAGAGCUGCUGCCUCGACCCACGAGAGGUAGGAUGCGGAUUCACUGUCUAGAGAAUGUGGAUAAGGCUCUUCAGUUCCUCAAAGAACAACGGGUUCACCUCGAAAAUGUUGGUUCUCAUGAUAUCGUUGAUGGAAACCACCGGCUCACUCUCGGACUCAUCUGGACCAUCAUCCUUCGCUUCCAGAUCCAGGUGAUUAAGAUUGAGACUGAGGACAACAGAGAAACACGUUCAGCAAAAGAUGCCCUACUACUUUGGUGUCAGAUGAAAACAGCAGGGUACCCUGAAGUUAACAUUCACAACUUCACCACCUGCUGGAGGGAUGGCCUGGCUUUCAAUGCUCUCAUUCACAGGCACAGACCUGAUUUAAUUGAAUUCCACAAGUUGACCAGAUCCAAUGCAACACACAACCUCCAACAAGCCUUCAACAUCGCUGAACAGAGUCUUGGACUCACUAAACUUCUAGAUCCUGAAGAUGUAAACACAGAGAAUCCAGAUGAGAAGUCCAUCAUCACAUAUGUAGUAUCCUACUACCAUUACUUCUCCAAAAUGAAGGCACUUAUUGUAGAAGGGAAGAGGAUCGGCAAGGUGCUAGACAAUGCUAUUGAAGUUGACAAAAUAAUUCGGCGUUAUGAGGCUUUAGCGUCUGACCUGUUGGAGUGGAUCGAGAGAACCAUAAGCAUCAUUAGCAACCAGAAGUUUGCUAACUCGCUAUCUGGUGUUCAGCAACAACUUCAAGCGUUUACCACCUACUGCACCAUCGAGAAGCCCAUCAAGUUCCAGGAGAAAGGAAAUCUGGAGGUGCUGCUUUUCACCAUCCAAAGUAAGCUCAGAGCUAACAAUCAGAAGCCAUAUGUGCCUCAUGACGGGAAACUGAUCUCAGACAUCAAUAAGGCCUGGGAGAGAUUAGAGAAGGCGGAGCAUGAGAGGGGCGUGGCUCUUAGAAAAGAGCUGAUUCGUCAGGAAAAGCUUGAACUUCUUGCUCAAAGAUUUGACCAUAAGACCAACAUGAGGCAGGCUUGGCUAAAUGAAAACCAACGUCUCGUCUCACAGGAUAACUUCGGCUAUGACCUGCCAGCGGUAGAAGCUGCCAUGAAGAAACAUGAGGCGAUUGAAGCAGACAUCUUGUCGUAUGAGGAGCGCAUCACUGUGGUGGUGGAGCUGGCUUGUGAGAUGGAGUCUGAGGGCUACUAUGACAUCCGUCGUAUCUCAGCACGCAAAGAAAACAUCCUCGGCCAGUGGAGUCUUCUGAAGGAGCUGGUGGUGGGACGCAAAGCCCGUCUGGAGAAGAACCUGGCCCUACAGAAGACCUUCCAAGAGAUGGUCUACAUGAUCGAUUGGAUGGAGGAAAUGCAGGUUAAGCUUCUCUCUAAGGACUAUGGUAAACACCUUCUUGAGGUGGAGGACAUGCUCCAGAAACAAAGUUUACAGGAGGCGGACAUCACAAUACAGGCUGAUAGAGUUCAAACGCUCAACACUGCAGCUCUCAAAUUUACCACAAUUGAAGGUUACCAGCCGUGUGACCCUCAGGUCAUUUGUAACCGGGUCAGCCAUGUGAACACCUGCCUGGAAGAGUUAAAGCAACUGGCUGCAAAGCGACGCUCAGAGCUGGAAGAUUCAUGCGAAUUAUGGGCCUUUUUCCAAGAGGUGGAGGAAUCAGAGGCCUGGAUCCGGGAAAAGACCUCUAUUUUGGCCAACCAGAGCUGUGGAAAAGACCUGAGCAGUGUUCUGCGACUGCUGCACAAGCACAAAACUUUGGCUGGAGAACUGCUGGCCCGCCGAGCCCUGCUUCAGCAGACCAUGAAGAAUGGCAAGCAGAUCCUCACCCAGAAGAGCUUCGGUACAGCAGGAAUACAAGAGCGACUGAUGGAGGCCAAGGCGGAGUGGAAGAGACUGGAAGACCAGGCUGCACAGAGGCUGUGUAACCUACAAGAGGCGCUAGAUUUUUUUCAAUUCAGCACAGAGACGGACGAUCUGCUAGCUUGGCUUCAAGAUGCCUACCGGCUUGUUUCCAGCGAGGACUUUGGACACGAUGAGUACUCUACGCAGUCGCUCCUUAAAAAGCACAGAGGUGUGCGAGACAGUAUUGACAAACACCGCGUGCAAGUAGUGGGCCUUCGAAAACACAUGGUUGGUCUGCCAUUGCAUUAUCGGGAGCUGGAUGAGGUGCGAGCACGAAUGGCCGAAACAGAGCAGCUCUACACAGAGGUGGCUGAAGUCGCCGUGUUGCGGCAGCAGUGGUUGCAUGACGCGCUGGCUGUGUAUCGCAUGUUUAGCGAGGUGAAUGCCUGUGAGGUGUGGAUCGAUGAGAAGGAGCAGUGGCUGAAUAAAAUGGAUGUUCCAGAGAGACUAGAAGAUGUGGAGGUGGUGGCACACAGGUUUGAGAGCUUGGACCAGGAGAUGAACAGCCUGAUGGGCAGAAUACUGGAUGUCAAUCAGAUCGUCCAGCAGCUUUUAGACAGCGGCCACCCCAGUUCCACUGAAGUCAGGGGAUGUCAAGACCACCUGAACAGCAGGUGGAACCGCAUCGUCGAGCUGGUUGAGCAGAAGAAAGAUCACAUGGACUCGAUCCUACGAAUUCAGAACUAUUUAUUGGAAUGCACAGAGAUUAAAUCCCAGAUUCAGGAAAAGCGGAAAGCCAUAGAUGCCACACAGUAUGUGGGCAGUGACCUGGGCAGUGUGCUGGCCCUGCAGCGCCGGCUCUCCACCAUGGAGGGUGCUCUUGCGGUUCUCGAGCCCAAACUCAUUCACCUCCAGGAGGAGGCAGAGGAACUCGCAACAUCACAUCCAGACAAGACAGUGGACAUCCUUGUUCCCUUCGAGGGCAUCAGCGUGGAGUGGGAGGAACUGAAACGGACAUUGCAAGGUUGUGAGGACUCCUUAACCGUCGCUGGUCGCUUGCAACAGUUCAUUCAAGACUUGGACUCGUUCCUCACCUGGCUGGUGCAAACCCAAACUGCUGCUGCCUCAGAUGAGCUUCCCAAUGCGUUAGAGGAUGCAGAGCGGCUAAUAAACCAACACGCCACGCUCAAAGAGGAGAUAGGAAGAUAUGAAGAGGACUACGAGCGCCUUCAGGCUGUGAACGAGUUCUUGGAGUCCGAGGAAGCCCCAUUACCUCAUGGAGCCCUGCAGCAGUGGCUGCACAAACUGGACGUGGGCUGGAACAAGCUGCUGGAGAUGUGGGAGAGCAGAAGAGAGGUGCUGGUGCAAGCUCAUAUCUUUCAUCUCUUCCUGAGGGAUGUCAAGCAGGCCGAGGCCUUCCUCAAUAACCAGGAGUCAGCGUUAGCCCAUGUGAAGCUCCCCACCACAGUGGAGACAGUGGAGGCAGCUAUUAAGAAACACAAGGACUUUACCACCACCAUGGAACUCAACCUGCACCGCAUUAAAGCUGUCAUAGAGGCAGGAGAGAGCCUCAUCAGCCAGAACAACAUCUAUUCAGAGCGGAUCAGAGAGAGAGUGGACCUACUCGCCAACAGAGGGAACCAGAAUCGAAAACUUGCUCAGCAGUGGCUUCAGAAACUGAAUGACCAGUGGGAACUCCAGAGGUUUCUACAAGACUGCCAUGAGAUUGGUGACUGGGUGGCUGAAAAGAUGUUAAUGGCGCGUGACACCUCCCACGACGAGACUCAGAAACUCCAUAAGAAGUGGCUGAAACAUCAAGCCUUCAUGGCAGAACUUGCUCAGAACAAGGAGUGGCUAGACAAGAUUGAGAAAGAGGGCGAGCGGUUAAUGCAGGAGAAGCCAGAGCUGAGUGCGCUGGUCAAGAAGAAACUGGAGGAGAUCCGUGAGUGCUGGCAGGAUCUGGAGAGCACCACCCAAGCCAAAGCCCGGCAGCUGUUUGAGGCCAACCGAGCUGACCUGCUGGUACAGAGCUAUUCCAGUCUGGACCAACGGCUCGAGCAGCUUGAAGGACAGCUGGCACAUGUGGAUUAUGGCCAGGACCUGACCACUGUCAACAAGCAGCUCAAGAAAUUACAGACGAUGGAGUGUCAGAUUGAAGAGUGGUAUAAAGAGAUGGGAGAGCUGCAGGCCCAGGCGACCUCCAUCCCUCGGCAAGGGGAGGUCAUAGAAAAGGUGUCUGAGAAGCAGGCCUGUGUGGAAACACGAAUUGUACGACUGAUUGAGCCUCUGAAAGAGAGACGUCGGAUCCUGCUGGCCUCUAAAGAAGUGCACCAAGUGGGCCGUGACCUUGAGGAUGAAAUUUUGUGGAUACAAGAGCGUCUUCCAGUGGUCACUUCUCAGGAACAUGGGACAAGUUUACAAGCCGUACAGCAACUUAUGAAGAAGAAUCAAAAUCUGCAGAGAGAGCUUCAUGGUCAUCGUUCACGGGUGGAGGACGUUCUGGAGCGAGCAGGGGUUAUCGCGUCCAUCCACAGUCCAGAGGCAGACAGCAUCAGAGCAGGCAUGGAGCAGCUCCAUCACCUGUGGGAGGCACUGUGGGCAGAGACAGAGCGGCGACAGCUCACAAUGGAUGCCAUGUACCAGGCGGAGCAGUACUACUUCGACGUAGGAGAAGUGGAGGCCUGGCUCAGCGAGCAGGAACUGCAUAUGAUGAAUGAAGAGACAGGAAAGGACGAGGCCAGUACUCUGCAGUUACUGAAGAAACAUCUGGCGCUGGAGCAGACCAUAGAGGACUAUGCUGAGACUAUCGGACUGCUUUCUCAGCAGUGCAGACAGCUGCUGGAGCUCGGACAUCCAGACUGCGAGCAGAUCAGUAAGCGUCAGUCUCAGAUCGACAGGCUGUACGUGUCUCUGAAGGAUCUGGUGGAGGAGAGGAAGUCUCGACUGGAGCAGCAGUACUGGCUUUAUCAGCUCAACAGGGAGGUGGAUGAACUGGAGCAGUGGAUAGCAGAGAAAGAGGUCAUCGCCAGCUCCACUGAACUCGGACAGGACUUUGAGCAUGUUACGAUUCUGCAGGAGAAAUUUACUGAGUUUGCGACAGAGACGGGCAGCCUGGGGCAAGAGAGGGUCACAGCUGUCAACCAGAUGGUUGAUGAGCUCAUAGAUUAUGGCCACGCGGAUGCUGCCACCAUCGCUGAGUGGAAGGAUGGAGUGAAUGAUGCCUGGGCUGAUCUGCUGGAGCUGAUGGAGACACGGGGACAAAUGCUCGCUGCCUCACACCAGCUACACAAGUUCUUCUCAGACUGCCGAGAGGUGCUAGCACAGAUUGAGGUUAAGCAGCAGAAGUUAUCUGAGGUUCAAGCCUGUCAAGGAGGCACAUCAAACACCAGCACUCUACAGAGACUCAUGCAGACUUUUGAACAUGAUAUUCAGCUACUUGUUGCACAGGUAAGAGGGUUAGAGGAGAGUGCGGCCCAGCUCAGAACAGUUUAUGCUGGGGAGAAAGCAGAAGCCAUUGCCAUGCAGGAACAGGAAGUGAUGCAGGCAUGGAAGGAGCUACUUAUAUCCUGUGAGGAUUGCCGAAUGCAGAUCACCACAGCAACUGACAAGCUGCGUUUCUUUGGCAUGGUGCGUGAUCAGCUGAUGUGGAUGGACAGCAUCAUCUGUCAGAUAGGAACUGGGGAGAAACCAAGCUCUUUCCGCAGAGCUUUAAUGGAAUAUGGGCUCUCUGGUGCUUGCAGGGAUGUGUCAUCUGUGGAGGUCCUGAUGAACUAUCACCAGAGCCUCAAGAGUGAGGUGGAGGCCCGCAACAAGAGCGUCGUACAUUGUAUCGAGAUGGGCAAGACCUUACUGGCUGCCCGUAACCCUGCAUCAGAAGAGAUCAAAGACAAGUUGGAGAAGGUUUUGGCCAAGCAGAGAGAGCUCACAGAGAAAUGGGACAAACACUGGGAAGAGCUGCAGCAAAUGUUGGAGGUGCAUCAGUUUGCUCAGGAAGCAGUGGUAGCAGAGGCCUGGCUCACUGCUCAAGAGCCCUUCAUCAGUAGUAAAGAACUGGGCGGCAGUGUGGAUGAGGUAGAGCAGCUCAUUCGCAGACACGAAGCCUUCCGCAAAGCUGCUGCCACAUGGGAAGAACGCUUCAGCUCCCUACGCCGUCUCACCACGGUGGAGAAGAUAAAGGCAGAGCAGAGUAAGCUUCCUCCAACUCCCUUGCUGGGACGGAAGGUUUUCUUGGACCCUCAGGACUCUUCCCCUGGCCAUAGUAGCCCUUCUUCUCUAGUAAGACAGACCAUCUAUGAGCAGGGUGAGGCGCGUGUGGAGCGCAUCACCCCUCAGCCAUCUCCUUCUUCUGUGGCCCGCAGACUGGGUUCCACUGUGGCCAAUUACACACCCAUCAUGAAUGGAUCUGCUACUUAUCGCAUUCAGGGAGCCAGGAAUGCUGGGAUUGUUGGUGUGGCUGCAGGACUGGGGACUGCUAUGGAGCACAAGUUCACCCAGAUGCGGGCUGAAUUCAAAGCUCAAGCCCCACAGCAGAAGAUUGAACACAAGCAUGAAGUGGUGCACCCCAUUCUGGAGAGAGAGAGGGAGCGGGAACGGUAUCAGGAGAAUGUAAUGGUGGAGGUGGUGCUCCAAGAGCCAGGUGGAGGAAGGGAGCGCCUUAAUAGUGUGGCAGGAGGGAGUGGGAGCAGUCGUUCCGAGCUUGUGGUGGAGCAACAUCCACCACCAAGGGAGUCGCGAUUGGAGAGGCAGCUAUCCACAGAGCAGCUGAUUCAGGCACGCAGGGAUGAGCUUCCUCAGGAGGUGUGGAGGGAAAGAGCUGAGAGGGCAGAGAGGAGGUUGGAGAGACAGACAUCUAGUGAACAGGAGGGACAUGAGGUGCGACGCAGGGACAGACACAGACUGGAGAGACAGGAGAGCAGCGAGCAGGAGGCCAAGGAGCAGUCAGACAGACGCUCCGGGGGCGGUGACAAAAGGUCCACGCUAGCUGAGAUUGUGGAGCAGCUUCAAGAAAGAGAAGCAGCACAGUCCCGAGGAGAGAUUCCACGUCUACCCAAUGGCUUUCCUGAAAAGACUUCUAGAUCAGAUCGUCCUCGAGCCAGAGAUAGACCCAAACCAAGAAGAAGACCACGACCCAAGGAGACAACAGCUGGAGAAACACGCUGCUCAAGGUCUGCAUCGGCCCAGAGCGGCCCACCGGUGCCACUGCCACCCACACACACGGCCCAGCAAGAAGGUUUCCUCUUCCGCAAAAUAGACAUUGAAGGCCAGAAGAAGAGUUCAAACAGCAGAUCUUGGGUGAACCUGUACUGUGUGUUGAAUAAAGGUGAGCUGGGCUUCUAUAAGGAUGCUAAGAACACCACCACACCUUACAACAAUGAGCCGCUUAUCAACCUGAGCCGUUGUGCCUGUGAUAUCAACAAUGGAUACAAGAAGAAGAAGAACGUCUUCACACUCAAAACUAAAGAUGGAAGUGAGUUUCUGUUCCAUGCUAAAGAUGAGGACGAUUGUAAGAACUGGAUCGCGAGUAUAACCACCAGUAUAAAUGAGCAUGAAGAGGUUGCUAAACGGGGGCAGACCCAUCCAACUACCUCAUCAACAGACGAGGGAACGCGCAGGGAUGGCAGCAGGGCAGGGGGGUCGGAGAGAGGUGAAAGAUCGGACAGAGCCGACGGAGGAUCAGUGCGCUCAGACAAGGGUGAUAAGCCUGAGAAAAAAACGGGCAAGAAGAAAUGAGGCACCCCACAGCACCCGAUCACCCUCUGAGUUUGCGUCGUGUUGCAAGUGAGAUAGGAAUUGGGACUUCGCAAAACCAGGACCGUGGGUCAGUGCUCUGACGGGAUCAGGAAAUGAAGGCGUCACUGUGAACUCCCUUUAUGUCUUACUGUCCAGCUGAGAAUGGAUUCAGUCAUCACUGAGGUGCUCUGGUCUCUGCUGUGGAAAUCCCACCUGUCGGAGCGUCCUCUAGUGGCUACUGAGGACUAGGACAAUUCAGGAGCUCCAUUUGGGCCAAAGAGCCAAAAAGAGAGGCAAAUGGAGAAUAAAAGAGAAAGAUGUUAAAGUAGCUCAUGAAGAUUAUUUUCUAAUGUGUGUGAAAAAGAUGACCCAUAUGAACGUGUACCUGUCUCUCUUUGUAUAUUGUACAUCUCAACAUCAGUUCUAUACAAUCCCACGCUGAAAAGAAUGGAAAUAUGCCAAAAUCUUUCUCAAGGUUGGUCUUUUUUCUAAAGAGCAUGUUUCGUCUGUUUAUUUUGUAAGUUGUUUUGCUCUUUUAUACUGUUAAUGUAUUGCAAUUUUUUGAUUCUUGUCUUGCCACUUUGUAGACCACACCAAGUUUGAACGCCGUACAUGACAUAUCUGAGCAUGCCUACAAGGUAUUUGAAAUAGAGACACAAAGGUCUGUCCCAAAUAAAGAGUAGCGACUCACUUGCAGUGAUUGUGUAUUCUCAAAUCUGUUUUCUAGAGUUUGUUAGCUUCAUCAUAUGUUGUUUUUCUAAUUUGGAGGAAAAUCUUAAUCAUCAGUAUUAUAUUUUGCAUCAAUUGUAGAGCGUGAGUUAAUUUCCGCAUUUAAGGACAGUCAGAUUACCAAAUUUGUUUGGAUGUGUGUAUGUUUGUACAUGUGUGUGUUUGUGUCUAUGCAUGUAGUGCUUUACCCAUGUCAUGUCAUUCAGCUAUUCAGAAUGUUUUUUUUUUUAUUUACACUCAAACGUCUUCCAAGCACAGAACUGAUUUUUAUGUAAAACACUUGUGUUUUUCCUUGUGUCAGUUUAACCAGCAUAUCAUGUUUCGCUUAAUAUUAUUUCCAAGCACUUCACUGAUGAUUGCACUGAAGGCUGAAUGGAUGCUGGUAUUUGAUUUAUCUCGCCCCUGCUAAUGUAAGUUCCAUUUAUGAGAUGCCAGCUGAAUGCUAUGUAGAUAUUAUAAUGUGAUUGUCUUCCCUGACUGGAUAAAACUGGGUUUAAUAUUUCAUUUUGUUUUUCCAUCAUUGUAUACAGGUCUUUGAAUUGUGUUGUUCAGCAGGUAAUAGCAUAGAAAGCCCAUAGCUAGCAAAAAUCCAAUGUGUAUCAUAAGAAAAACAUGACAUGCUUUAAAACAGCUCUGCAAACAAUUGCACAUAUCAAAUUGUUUGUUGCUUUGUUGUUUUUGUCAAUAUACAUGCAAAAUUACAAAACACAGUUGUACUGAACGCAUGACUCUGUCAUUGUGGCUACAAUUGACACAAUGUUUAAGUAGCGUAAACAUACAUGUACAAGGUUGUAACAAAAUGUCAGAGUGUUAAAGAUUCAGGUAUCAUGUUUGUGCCUCAUUGUCUAUAUCUUAAAGUCUGACAGCUGUAGUCCUUAAAGGGAUAGUUUACCAAAAAAUCUCUCAUCAUUUACUGACCCAUCUGCCAUCCCAGUAUGACAUACUUUCAUUUGCUGAACA